CAAUCACAAACAAGAGAAAAUCUGCAGAGGGCACAGUCUUAAGGCGCUUGGAAGCGGGUAUGAAGGAGAUGUCAGGGGUGUUCUGUUCUUUAUACAUACCGUGGGUUACUAAUAACAAACUAUAUUCUGGCAGAAUUGAACUUUAAUUUAACAGCAACAAAACCACGUUUUACACUGCCAUGCUUCUCCAUCAUUCUUCAUUUCUGCUCAUGUCAGGAACUCUGUCCAGUCACGUCCUGACACGUGAUAUCACCACAAGAGGUUAAAAAUGACAAGGAAUUUGUCUACGGGAAUCUCAAACACAACACGCCAGUUUAGCUGUCUCUGUCCAGAUAUUUAAGAAGUGGAGCAAGGGAUUCACUCAAUUAUACUUCCUGCUCAGACUGUGGAGAGGAAUUCACUCGGUCAUCUGACCGACUGGCACACCUGUCAUUUUACACGGGGGAGACCAUUUGUCUGCUCAGACAGUGGGAAUGGAUUCACUCAGUCAUUUCAACUGAAGGUACAUCAGCAAGUUCGUACUGGGACAAGGCCAUUCACCUCUUCUGUGUAUGAGAAGGGAUUCAGUCAGUCAUCCCACCUGUGGACACACCAGUCAGUUCACACUGAGCAGAGGCUAGUCAUCUGCUGAAUUUGAGGAGAAGGAUUUACUCGGUCAUUCGACCUAAUGGCUCACCAGCGAGUUCACACCAGGGAGCAGCUGUUCACCUGUUCAAAAUGUGGGAAGGGAUUCACUCAGUCAUCCACCCUAAUGGCACACCAGCGAGUUCACACUGGGGAGCGGCCGUUCACCUGCUCGGACUGUGGGAAAGGAUUCACUUGCUCAUCCAAACUGAAGGUACAUCAGCGAGUUCACACCGGGGAGAGGCCGUUCACCUGCUCGGACUGCGGGAAGGGAUUCACUCGGUCAUCCGACCUGCUGGUACACAUGUCAGUUCACACUGGGGAGUGGCCAUUCACCUGCUCAGACUGCGGGAAGGGAUUUGCUCGGUCAUCUCAACUGAAGGUACAUCAGCGAGUUCACAAUGGGGAGAUGCCAUUCAGCUGUUCAGUCUGCGGGAAGAGAUUCACUUGGUCAUCCGACCUACUGGUACACAAGUCAGUUCACACUGGGGAGAGGCCAUUCACCUGUUCAGUUUGCGGGAAGGGAUUCACUUUGUCAUCUCAACUAAAGGUACAUGAGAGAGUUCACACUGGGGAGAGGCCGUUCACAUGCUCAGAGUGUGGGAAAGGAUUCACUCAGUCAUCCAGCCUACAAGCACACUGGUCUGUUCACACUGGGGAGCGGCCAUUCACCUGCUCAUACUGUGGGAAGCGAUUCGCUCAUUCAUCUCAACUGAAGGUACAUCAGCGAGUUCACACUGGAGAGAGGCCGUUCACAUGCUCAGACUGCGGGAUGGGAUUCACUCAGUCAUCCACCCUAAUGGCACACCAGCGAGUUCACACCGGGGAGAGGCCGUUCACCUGCUCAGUGUGUGGGAAGGGAUUCACUUGGCCAUCUCAACUGCAGAGACACCAGCAAGUUCACACUGGGUAGAGGCUGAU